CAUCGGAGAGAGGGGUUCUUCAAGAUGGCGGGCCGGGACCUCAACUCCACGGCCGACAACGCCGACGAUAACCCAUCGGCGACCGAAAACGCGAAGUCCGGCGCAUCGGCGAAGCAGUCAAAGAACACACAGUGGGUCAAACUGAACGUCGGCGGCACCUGCUUCCUGACGACGCGCACCACGCUCUGUCGCGAUCCCAAAUCGUUCCUCUACCGACUCUGCCAAGAGGAUCCCGAACUCGAUUCUGACAAGGACGAGACGGGAGCCUACUUAAUAGACCGCGACCCAACCUACUUCGGCCCCAUUCUUAACUACCUGCGGCAUGGGAAGCUGGUCAUUAACAAGGACCUCGCAGAAGAAGGGGUGCUGGAAGAGGCCGAGUUUUACAACAUAGCGGAGCUGGUGAAGAUGGUCAAGCGGCUGAUCCAGGAGCGCCAGCAGCACCACAAGUCGCGUGACGCGCGCAAGCACGUCUACCGCGUCCUCCAGUGCCACGAGGACGAACUCACGCAGAUGGUGUCCACCAUGUCCGACGGCUGGCGCUUCGAGCAGUUGAUCAACAUCGGUUCGUCGUACAACUACGGCAAUGACGACCAUGCCGAAUUCCUCUGCGUUGUGUCGAGGGAGUACCCCAGCUCCUCGUCGCACACGACAGACCGUGAGUUUGAGCCAACUGACCGGGCGCAGCUCAUUCAGCAGAAGGCUGCCCGCAUGUGAAGAUUCCGGCAAGGAAAAGAGCGACGACCGCUUCGGCCUUUUUUCCAUCGUCCCUUCCUUCCCCACCUAUCGUCGAAGUCGUGAUUAUCGUCGGCGCCGUCUGGUAACACAUUUUUUCACUCUGGGCCAUCCGCGCCGCUAGAGGGGUCAUGUUGCCACAGCUGCGGUGACGAGGAAGAAAGUGCUGGACGGUGUUGAGACGCCGACGGGCAUCGCGCCACAUUUGUGCCGCCGAGCAAGAAAACACAAAAAGGCUCGUCGUCUGUGACACUCGUUUUUUGUACAAAGAUGCGCCCCUCCCCCCCCUCCCCAAUCCCUUCUUGUGCACGUGUUCUCUCUCGUCGGCCUGGUGGCAUUGAAUCCCCCUGCGGACUUAAGCAGAGCGUGCAUGGUGUGCUGCGGCUUUCGUGCGCGUUCGUGACUCGCUGCCAGCCCAACGUACUUAAAAGAGAAAAAUGAAGUUUGCCAUUCCGGCUUUGGGGCACCAUCCUGAUGCGGCGGACGAACAAUUUGUGGUGACUGGAGUGUGUUGUUAUAGGUGUGGGUGAGGGGCACCGUGGAAAGCGUUUCGAUUGGUCGGUGAGAGGUCGUGAUUUUAGUGGAGUGUUUCGAGCCCCGACGUCUGUGGGUUUCACUUGUAGUAGAAGUGCUGAUGUUGAUCGGAGGGAAGGGAGGUGAGUUCCUCGUGGAGUGUAGUGUUGCGACGAUUUUCCUGGUGUUCUGCUUCGUCAUGUGGCUUUUGUUUUCACAUGACUCCGUUUUGUUUCGUAAGUCGAGGGUCUGACCGACUCUCAUCUGGUCGGGAUGACUCAUUGGUAAAAACAUUGAAGGACGCCGACCGAGGCGAAAAAUAUUUGCUGACGUUUUGUCAACAAGGCACCCGCGUGGGAACCGAUACGUUGGUAAAUAUUUUUCGGCCUGAUCGGCGUCCUUCUGUUUUGUUUGUAAAGCAAAUGUGGUGAUGUGAUUAAGUAAGCUGGGUGCAAUCUGUGUAUUGAGUAUAUUGUUUACGAUAUUCCUCACUCCCUUAAAGUUCAAAGGAUGAGCGUGAAACGGUUUUGUAAUGUUUAGCAUAUUUACUUCGGUGCUUACUGCGGUAGACACCACAAAAGAUUUUGUUUGCAUUCGGCGCCUCCCCCCAUUCAACACACAUGUGCUUCAACACCAUUUCGUGUUUUUCGGACGGGUGGAAGAAAGCGUGCCGAUUUCCACACAAAACCGAUUUGCUGCAUUUCCACUGUUCUCAAGCGGCCAUUCGCUUUCGGUAACGAGUGGAAUGUGAUUUGAGAGAUUCCUUAUGAAUGCUGCCAUAUUGUUUUAAUUUGCAUUGAGAUUUUUGUAAAAUGUGCAGCGUUCCUCAACGACUUUGUUGGCGUUUGUCGUAAGUGUGUUGGUAGGGUUAGGCAGUUGAAGCGACGCGUCUGCCUGUGAUUGGAACCAGUGCCCAAGGCCUACGGAGAAAGCUCUUUUGGAUGUUGACCGCACGCUCGUUUGGAGUGGAGAAAGUUGCAAGCAGCUGGAUAUCACUUCGGUGAGAGUAGUGACCAGUAGCAAAGAUGGGAGACUAGCGGACCAAUACCGUACCAUGUAAUACGGAACACCGUACCAUGGAAUACGGAAUACCAUUUCGUUUUGUGUGUGUCAUCAUGCUUCAUGUCACAUCUGUGUAGGCGCCAACAUAUUUCAAUAUGGCCAAUUAAAAGCGCUCUACAGUUGAAAACUGCUCUAUGCUUUUCAUUGGCCAUUUCGAAAAAUUUCGGGGGCCCGCCUAGUUUGUGGCGCAAAGCGUGACGCCACAGAGCUAAUGGAAUGGUAUUCCGUAUUCUGUGUUACGGUAGUGGCCCCUAGUGUUAAGCUUGCACGCGGCACCGGACAUAACAUUUCCAGUUUGAAGCGCUGGUUAGGGGAAACACUCUCAUUACUCUAGCCUUCAGCGCAGAGGCAGGCAUAGGUAGCAGUGUAGAAGGUAAUGUUGCCGUCUAGUCUGCGCUCUCCACAGUCCCAAAUUCCCUUACUUUCCUGCGUCUCCCGUUAGCCACGGGGUCAACACGAUGAAUAAGUGGUUUCAACGAUCACCAACUGUUUUGCCUGCACACGUGGCCCACAGUUUGUAACGCUUGCAUUCUCCGUUUUUUCUACAUGAUGUCUCGGCACGCAGCGUCUGAGACAGAGCGCGUACAUGCGCUGCUGCCGUCUUUUCACACUGAGAAUGUUUCUAACUAGUGUGUUUACUACAUUGUGUGCGUGUGUUUGUGGUGCGUGGUCAUAGUGGUUACCUAUAGCAUCGUGCACAUUGUUUCCCUUGCUGAUGUCUGGCUGCCUUCAUGUGACUUGUCAGCACUUUCGCUACCCAGUUACGUGCUCUGGCGCUGUGUGCAGCGAUUGCGGAGCCAGGUGGGCUCGGAAGGCCUGUCAGUGGAAGGUGUGAACGAACUACCUUUCUUAAUGCCUGGAAGAAUCGGCACUGUCCGUUUUGAUGUAUCUAUUGUUUUUAUGUCGCCAUUGACAGAGCCUUUUUUUCGCAUCUGAAGGGCUGAUGUCGUCACUAACGGCUAGCUCACUUCAGUUCUCCUUCUGGUAAUAGGAUGUUUUAGCAGUGCUGGUUUACCGUACGGAAAGUACGGUAAUACUAUACCAGCUGCAGCAUGCAUAUGUGCAAAUGUUACCAUAUGGAAACUCUUUUUGUAAUGUAUACUGGGUCUAUCCAUGAUGUUCAGUAAGCUAGGCAUUGUGAAAAAGGCAUUACUUGCCUUGUAAUAAAUUUCAUCUCUUCUAUCGCUGAGACGCUAAGCUCUACUAUCCAUAAUCUUAUUAAUUUUUCCAAUAACAAUAUCAGAGAGUUUACUUUAUCUGUAAACUUCUUAGUGAUAGCAUUUUUCCUCCUUAUGAUAGCCACAAACUUGAUGGCACCGCCUGUCCAGCCUGACAGGUAUUCUGCUUCAUUGUUGGUGUACGUUUUCGGCAGCGGCAUGAUUCCAGAUGCGUUGGCUUUAAAAGUUUUUAACAAGGACACUAGGUGAAACGAUUAUUCCGUGAUCGGCAUGAAGCAGUCUACAAUUCCUGUAGUAAGGCUCUGUUAUACUCUGACUUUCCCGACCCGCACGCAUGAGGACGCAUGUUGUCACGUCAAGCUGGCGAUGCUACGCCAGGCGCAAAUCGGUCUCCGCUAUAGUUUAGCCGGUUCCAACGUGCUGGCGCGAUCGCAGCUCGAGCAGCGCAUGCACAGGAAAGCGAAGAAUGCGCUGCACCACCUGUCGGGAACCAGUGAAACAGCCCGCGAAGCAGGUUCCUGUACAUCCGAGUCCGGCGCGGCCGGCACGAAAUGCAGCAGGAGCUAUUCGGAGCCAAGCGACACCCGAGCGCACCAGGAGCCGUCGGCUGCAUCAGCGGUCAGCCGACGCCAGACUAUAGAGGGCUGUGUUUGGCUAACGUAACGUUGCUGUAAUGCACGCGUGGGUGCGGACGUUACGCUGGAAUAUAUCAGCCCCUUUAGCCACUGCCAUCAUCAUUUACCGUACUCGUAGAGAAACUCACGGAGCUAAAUUGUUUUCGGGACUGUGGCAUGCAACUAUGGAAUGGUAAUACCGUAGCGUAUGCGGUACAGUAUUACCAUCACUGCUAAAGUGCCCUAUUACCAGUUCGUAUGGUUACGUGAACACUCACCAGGCUUGAUGAUGAUGAUGAACAACUUUUCCUGGUUUUCGUGAUUGUUUACGAAGCUUUGUGGGGUGACUCUGCAGCAUGGAAUUACGGAUGCUCUGUGUGAUCCCCUUGGCAGUGACAGGCUCUGGCACUGACCCAGAUACUGCCAGCUUUCCUAGCCUCACGCUUGUUUAUUAGGCUUUGUAAUAAUUAAUGAUCAAGAUAUUUUUUUCCCUUUCAUUCUUUUUUCAUAUCAUCUUUAUGGCAUUGAACUGGCCAAUACUGCUACAGGGCUGCUGACAUCUUUUUUUUUUAAGACUCAUCAUUUUCCCUAGUAAAUGAAGGUUCGGGAAUUCAAAAGCACAGGAAAAGUACUACCAUGCCUCAGAGCACCAUCAGUUUUAAUAGAUUUUCUACAGCCACAGAAACGGUUAUAGUAAAUCAUUUAUGGCGCUCUGAGCAGUGGGCGUAUUGCUUUCCAUGGGUUUGAAGUCCCACACCGUGACUUGACGAAAAGAAACAGAAAAGUAAAAAAAAAAUUGUCAUGCCAGUACUCCUUUGAGAAGUCUUUACGUGUGACUGGCGUAUUGGUGUCGCAAAGCCAGCUACUUGAUGAACAACGUGCGUGUUCGCUUGAACUACCAGUGCAGAUGCCGAGAAAGUUUUCCAAGAGCUUGCAACCUCCUCUUGGCUGUUGUGUUGAACUUUUGUUCAGCUUUGUGCUUUUCACUUCUUACGGUACUGGUAAAGUUUCAUUUUUGUUUGUGCAAUUACCUAUGUAUAAAUUGUGCUGUCCUAAAAUUGUUUGUCUCUUGUGAGGUGGAUUAGUUUGUUUCGUCGAGGUUGCAUUGCAGAGUCAAUACAAGUUUUUUCUACGUGCACAUGUUGGUGGGAUGUGCUUUUUUUUGUGUCUCCCCACAUUGCCGGUCUGGCUGUAUUUUUAGGUGUACCAUACUGAAGCAAACAACGUGUCUGAAGUUGUAGCCAUUUCAAGGGUCGCAAGCAUAUUCGAAGCUUAAUAUAAUAUAAAGCAGCAUGUUUUACUUUAACACUUUUUCAUAUGCUUCAGGGUAACUUGUGUGGAAACAGUGCAACAAAAUAAGGAUUAAGAAAGGGAGAAAAUGUGGCACCAGUUUCUUGCGAAGUCGUAAAUUUUUUGUGCCAUUUUCCUGUAAAUUUUUUACUGAUUAGCCCAAGCUUGUACUUUGUUCGUUGAAGUUGACACCUGAGAUGCUUCCAUGCUUGCUUAGUAACUCAUAAGCCUAAAAGUGUGACCACUUCUGCUUCAUAAUGAUUAAGUAAAUGUGCCUCUCAUCACAUGUGAUUAGGUUAAAAAAAAAAAAUGAAAGUGCUAGCUGAUGUGGGCGGGAGCUCACUCAUUUCAGAGUGGUCACACAAAAGCGACUUCCUUUGCACAUGGUCAAGGUGAGAACAGAGUAGCUAGUUAACAAGCGAGAUAACCACUGCGAUUGUUUCAAAAAGCUAGAAGUGUAAAUGUAGCUGUGAAUGUUCCCAUAUUACCAAACCGUCUGGUUUCAUUGAUAUUUUCCAACUGCCGCUAUGUCCGAGUGGUCGGUUUGUGUCUUACUUAAAGCAUCCCUCCUAUGCUUUUAUGUUGAGGUGGGUAAGGAAGGCAGCAUGGAAGCAUCUGAUGUUCAAGGUUUGAGAGCGUCCAUAAACUCGACCCAUUAGACAGAUGUGCUCACUACUGUCGUGAGCACAUGGUCUCUUAAGAAGGCUUAUUCAGUUGAGAGUCGACUGCCCUUAGAAACUUCCCAAGCAACCUUCAUAAUGUGAACGUGCAUAAUGUUAUCAUUACUGUUCAUGUGUACGAGUUUGCCACUCGCGAUUUCUAAGCCGACACCCGACACUUUCUUUGUGCACUGCCUUUGACUAUUCCACUGUGCGUGUGUCGAAGGCAUACUGUUUGAAUGAAAACGUAGCUCCCCACUUUGCUAGGAGGAGCAAUGCACAAUAGGGACUGAACUCGGUCUGCAUGUGUUCCUAGACGAGAACAUGCAGGUUUCUAAAGGUAAGGUUUGUUGUGUGUAAUUGUACAGUGCAGUACGCUGUUAAACGAAACGCCAUAAAUGUGCGGCUAUCACUUUGCCAGUGCGCGAGCUGCAAGUAUCAACUGAAGUUGUGUCCAGACAUUGCGUAUGUGUGUAAGGUUGCUAGCACCAUUACCCAUCAGUCGCUUGUGCCGAUACCACGCAGUUGUACAUUUAACGGAAAGUAAAAUUCAAAACGACUUCGCACCCAUUCCUUUAACAAUGUCCCUUGAACAAUGACUCUUACUGUAUGUCCCGAAAGCACCCAAACACACUUGUUUUAGAGAACCUUUUCGGCACGCCAUUUAUUGCAAAAAACAAGGUUGAACUAAUUCUUUUUUACUAUCCCUUGUUGACUCAGAACAAUGGUAAAAUGGCAGUUUGUGAUUGUGUGCUCCGUGAUGCUUACGAUUACUGCUUACUGGAAAUGACGUUCCUUGUUUCUUUGUCACUGUAGCAGUAUGUGUUUUGUGUACUUUGUGCGUCAUCUUCAGUUCACUGCCUUUGUAACGAGACUUGAGUACUACAGAAGUCUAUGUUCAGUACUGUUUUGUUGUCCUUUAAGGUUUAUGUCGUUAGUGGUCAUUAGUAAAGGUACACUUGCCAGCCAAAUUGCUGAUCUGCUUUUAUACCUCAUGUCAUUUUCCACCAAUCCCCCAGGAGACAUAACUUCACAAAAUGAAAUCGAGUACGCUUAACAAUGACGCUGCGGAUAACUUAGCAUAGCUGGGAUAUGCCAGCUGUGCUAUUGGAAAACCAGGCAGGCACAUAUGCGGGAGCACAGGCACUAGCUAUUCGAGGCAUGCUGUGAUGCCGUCUUGUCGUAAUCGGUGCAUAAACCAUUUCAACUGAAAGUUCUGAGCACCAGUGGCCUGAACUAAAAGGCCAGAAACCUUAUGCGAAACACCACAUGGAAUGGGCCGGCUGCACUUGCAAGCUAAUGCUUCCAAAUAGCUCCGGUGUGACUGAUCUGCUUUUAUGGCAUCCCUGAAUACGUUAAGAAAUCAUUAAAUGUGUUGUCUCCAUCACAACCUCAAGGGCUCUCACCAUCUGUCCAGCAAAUCCUGAAGACCAUUGCAUAACAACCUCCGGGUGUUAUGACUAAACUUAGUGUCGUGACAUGUCAGCACUAGGGCUCCUGCUUGCCCUCUGGUCUUCUGAUGCUACAGUGAAACAAAGUUGUAACACUGUUGUGCACGAAAUGAAACAAAUUCAUUGUAUUCACUAGUUCUUAUAUAACUGCAAUUUCAUCACAUACUGAUAUCGGCAGAAACGUUCGGUUUGCUAUAUUACGCCCAAUAAUUUGUUUUAUUUGUUCUUAUUAUACAGUCAAACCCGGGCAUAUCAAAUCUGAAGGGGAUCACAAAAAGUUUUAUAUAUAGGUAGUUCGAUAUAUAAAAUAUUUUGUGUAUUGAAAACAUUUCAAAGGGAUUUUACGAUUGUUUGACAUACACAGUAAUUAGUUAUAUGUGGGUUCGAUAUAUGCGGGUUUGACUCUAUGUCUACGAAAGUGUGUAUCUGCUUCUGUAAUGUGUGCCGUCGUCCUGUUCUCUGUGCUGAGGGUUAAUUUGUAAGUGUAGUCGAUGAAAUUUAUAUAGCGUGAACAGAGCUGUCGAACACAGUGUCUCAUCGCUGAUUGUAGAGUCUGGAUAUUGAAGUUUUCUUACAGGAUUCCAAGUUUCCUCCCACUUCGUGCAGUGCCCCGUUGAGUUUGUCGCAAGAGUUAGAAGAGGAGGUGGUGGAAACCCUAUGCAGUGUUGGAGCGUAUCAGCGUGAUGAUACUGUGCUGUCUCUUUCUACGUGGUCACCUAGGCUAAGCGCAAGGACAGUUUUGCCACGAACUUCAUUUUUUGCUAAGCACUUUGAUCACUGACUGGGACUGUGUAUUAAAAAAGAUGACCGCAAGGUUUUCUUCAGUAAAA